CAUGGAAUUCACUGGCGCCAGGGCUGACAGUUAGUACAGCUGCACGUCGCUAGGCCUGUCCGUCUCCACCGGAGUUUACCCAACCGAUAACCCUGCACUAAAACCAAAGAAAAUAGACCAAAGAUAUUUUGGAUACGUUGAAUUAAUACUGCAAAGGAAAAUACCUUUCUAACUGAAGAAGAAUUGCCCCAAAGUGGCUUGAAAACGGAAUAACCAACCUCGCUUAUACUGAAAAGGUGUCCUGACCCAGGCACUACUCGAUACCUGUUGAAGAAGCAGAGAGAUAAGAAGAGCUCAAUUUGACUAAGAGUAAAUACCGAAAUAUAGGAAACUGACUAGCGUGAAGUCUCAACACUUCUGAGUUGUUUUCCAUAAUAGGACAUUUGUAUCAGUGGAGAGAGACGUGUUUUGCAAAAACCAAAGCAGAGAGCGAGAGAACGGUUCAGGGACAAGCUGUUCUCUCCCUAGAGGGUCCGCUUCGCUUUUCACCCUGUUUGCCCAACACGGAGAGACCCACACAGACAUGGAUGUAGCGGCUGAUCCGCCUCGGUGGAUGCACCACCACGCCGUGCUGAACGGCCAACACCCGGACGCUCACCACCCCGGCCUUUCACACAACUACAUGGAGCCAACCGCACAACUUCUGCCCCCGGACGAAGUGGAUGUUUUCUUUAACCAUCUGGAUUCGCAGGGAAACCCGUACUACCAUAACUCAGCUCAUGCGCGGGCGAGAGUGUCCUACAGCCAAGCUCACGCACGGCUCGCUGGUAGUCAGGUCUGCCGGCCACAUCUCAUCCAUAGCCCAGGGAUUUCAUGGCUAGAGCCCGGUAAAGCAGCCCUCUCAGCCGCCCACCAUCACAACGCAUGGGCGGUCAGCCACUUCAGUAAGACCGGGCUGCAUCCCUCAGGUUCCGCGGCACCAGGCGGUCUUUCCGCAGUAUACCCCUGCAGCAGCAACGCUAACACGGCCUCAGCAUCCUCCUUAACGUCGGCGUCCCAUUCGAGUCCACAUCUGUACAGUUUCCCACCUACACCGCCGAAAGAUGUUUCCCCGGACCCCGGAGCCACCUCUCCCUUGUCCUCUACCCCGAGAAUGGAUGAGAAGGAGUCUAUCAAGUACCAAAUGUCCCUUUCUGACAGCAUGAAGAUGGAGGGUUCCAGUCCUCUCCGGAGCAGCCUAGCCUCAAUGAGCACCCAGACCCCAUCCACGCACCACCCAAUACCGACCUACCCCACUUAUUCUCUCCCGGCAGCGCAUGACUACGGGAGCAGUCUUUUCCACCCUGGCAGCCUGCUCGGAGGAUCGUCUUCCAGCUUUACUCCGAAAUGUAAAAGCAAAACCCGGUCGUGCUCAGCAUGCUGCUCAGAGGGGCGCGAAUGUGUCAACUGCGGAGCCACCUCCACCCCCCUGUGGCGGCGGGACGGGACGGGCCACUACCUGUGCAACGCCUGCGGGCUUUACCACAAGAUGAACGGCCAGAACCGACCCCUCAUCAAGCCCAAACGCAGACUGUCUGCGGCCAGACGAGCCGGCACCUGUUGCGCUAACUGUCAGACGACCACCACCACACUGUGGAGGCGCAACGGCAAUGGCGACCCGGUGUGCAACGCCUGCGGUCUGUACUACAAGCUGCACAACGUGAACCGGCCUCUGACCAUGAAGAAGGAAGGCAUCCAAACACGCAACCGCAAGAUGUCCAACAAGUCCAAAAAGGGCAGGCGGGGCAGUGACAGUUACGAGGAGCUGUCCAAAUGCAUGCACGACAAGUCCUCGCCGUUCAGCGCUGCCUCCCUGGCCGGACAUAUGACCCACAUGGGUCACCUGCCCCCCUUCAGCCACAGCGGACACAUGCUGCCCACUCCCACGCCCAUACACCCCUCUUUUGGCCACCCCCACCACUCCAACAUGGUCACUGCCAUGGGCUGAGCUGGGGGAGGGCCGGGAGUCCCGGGGGCAAGUUAAACUUGUUGCUUUUUCUAAUGGGGGCGGGGGGGGGGGGUCAGAUAAGCUUGAGAACAAUGUUAAAGACAUACGUGUCUGUGUUGAUUGUCUUGCUGUAUAGAGAAUGUAAAGAGUACGGGGGGACAUGGGGGGACCCGGGCAGCAUCGACUCAUUGGUGGGGUCAUUUUCCUCUCUAUUAGGUACCUGCUUAGACAAGUGAUAGACCACGCCUCCACCCACUCAUAUACCGUCCCUUCCCACCUCUUCACUCUCCUGCUGCAUUGUGCCAAGCAGGUCUGUAUUAACUGUGAAUAUUGUAAAUGUGUGAGAUACGGGGCGGUGAAGAAAGAGCAAUUCCCUUCACACCGUUUAUUACCUAUAUGCUGGAUUUCUGCUCAUGGACUUCUACUAUUUUUAAUGGACAAGAAAAAUGAAACAAGCAAACAAAAAAAGUUUAUAAAGCCUAAUUUGAAACAGUUUAUUAUUAUUAUUAUUAUUAUUGUUUUUUGUCAUUUUUUUUCAGAUAAUUUAUUUUCCCUCUGCCUUUUGCCUUUUUCUCUCACAUAAAUCAUAAUGGAUAUUGUUAUCACCAUUUCUAUCAUUAUAAAUAUAUUUUUUUGCUAAAGCGCUUUCUGAGCUGUAAAACAUUCCUCUUCUUGGAAAUAAAGAAACCAAGGUUAAUUCUGCUCCCCCUCUACAAGCUCCCUGAACAAAUCAGAGGGGGGUUUGUUUAAAACAUUUAGCAAUGAGACAGAGAUAUACACAGACCAUAGAAAUAAACAACCAGUAUCAGCCAUUUGAGCUGCCAUAUUGGAUACAUCAAUCUGACGCUAUUUUUGGAGUAUGCUAAUUUACAUGACAAUAAAAUGCAACGUAUCUGUUUUAUCAGCCUUAUUGACCUCUGUCUUGCUCUAUAUCCACCUUUCCUGUUAGGAUAACCUUGCCAUGGUGAUGGGCUGUACCUCUAUAUGUCUGUGGUGUUUGUCUGUGUCACAGCACAGCUUUGAUUUGUUGACUCUCUUCUAAGCAGAUACAAAACCACCCACUUGCUUAUUAUUACCGGUCCAAAAGAAUGAUGACCUGACAUUAUCUAGAUACCAUUACAUUCUGAUGAUAAUAAAGAAACCUUGUAAACAAGA